CACAGGAGACAAAAAUCCUCACAAGCAGAAGGAAUUUGGAGGGACUUUGGGUGAGUCCAAUAGUGUGUGUUUUAAUAAAAAUAAUACAAAUUUUGUAUGUUCACUUUAAAAAGGGAUAUUGCGUAAUCCCAUCUCCCACCCACUCUCAGUCAGUCUUCUCAACCCACUCUCAGUCAUCUCAGUCUUCUCAACUCACCUCACUUCUCCCCUGAAGGUGCCACCUGCAUCCCUGUCUUCCUGCCCCUGACGGUGCCACCUGCAUCCCUGUCUUCCUGCCCCUGACGGUGCCACCUGCAUCCCUGUCUUCCUGCCCCUGACGGUGCCACCUGCAUCCCUGUCUUCCUGCCCCUGACGGUGCCACCUGCAUCCCUGUCUUCCUGCCCCUGACGGUGCCACCUGCAUCCCUGUCUUCCUGCCCCUGACGGUGCCACCUGCAUCCCUGUCUUCCUGCCCCUGACGGUGCCACCUGCAUCCCUGUCUUCCUGCCCCUGACGGUGCCACCUGCAUCCCUGUCUUCCUGCCCCUGACGGUGCCACCUGCAUCCCUGUCUUCCUGCCCCUGACGGUGCCACCUGCAUCCCUGUCUUCCUGCCCCUGACGGUGCCACCUGCAUCCCUGUCUUCCUGUCCCUGACGGUGCUUUACCUGCUGUGUGUUUCGCUCCCCUGCGGCCAGCGUGCUCCAGUGGCCCCCUGUCCUUCCCUCCACCGCCCAGCUAUGGGACCCCUUGCUGUCUGAGGGUAUGGUGCUGAAAGAUGGAUCGAGACUCACGUACCCUAUAAACGGAAAAGAGUAACGGAUAGCAAUGUACAAUACGGCGAACUGAGUAAAAGAAGGAAUUUGUGGUUUUCAUGCCCUGUGCAUCACAGCUGUGCUGUUGACAUUGCCACUAUGGCUAGGGAUGCCCCUGGGGUAUCUCUUUGAGCUGUUGUUGCCCCUGGCAGUGUGUGCUAUUGGGGUGUCAUUCCUCCUCUCCCCCUACCUCUACAUAUGCUCCUUCUGGGCCCCUCACCAUGCCCUCGCCCAGGGGGGAAACACAGGAAACCCUCUGUAUGACUUAUUUAUGGGACAAGAGCUGAACCCGCGGAUUGGGAGCUUCGAUCUGAAAUACUUUUGUGAGCUGAGACCAGGUCUGAUUGGCUGGGUGGUGAUUAACCUUGGGAUGCUGAUGAAAGAGGUGGAGUUACGGGACCCUGCCUCCCUGGCCAUGAUACUGGUCAACAGCUUCCAGCUGCUCUACGUGGCGGAUGCUCUGUGGAAUGAGGUGUUGGGUAUUAUAUCUUCAGAAAAUCCAACUCCCAGAAGAACCAAUUCAGACCCAAUGCAUCCCAGUGUGGCAUACCUGGAGACUAUUGCCACAGCAACGGGGAAGCGCCUUUUGGUGUCAGGCUGGUGGGGCCUCGUCCGCCACCCUAACUACUUAGGAGACCUUCUCAUGGCCCUGGCAUGGUCCCUGCCGUGUGGAUUCAACCAUUUUCUACCUUCUAUGUUGUGUACUUCACUGUCCUGCGAGAGGCCCGUGAUGAGCGGCACUGCAGGGCCAAGUAUGCCUUGGCCUAGGACGCCUACUGCAGAUGUGUGCCCUACAGGAUAUUCCCCUAUGUCUACUGAGCUGAGCUGGACCGGUCAGGGCAGAACCAGGGCCCAGGGACAUGCAAUAGGAUAGCCAGCUUUGUUGUAUAAAGUGAACGUUCUGAACCUCAACAGACUGGAUGAAACAAAAACUAGUGAAAUGCUGUCUUUUUUCUGUCAUAAAGAAUAUGUACUUUAAAAGUGAACACUGUGGAGAAAAUGACACUUCUAACUGGAUGAGUAGACAAGACAAGCUGACACACCAGCCCAGCAGCUUUAAGUUGUUCACAGUAGUGAUGUCUGUCCUGUGAGUCUAACACAAUUAAUCUUGACCAUCACCUUUUGUACUGAUCUAGCCAUACUUCCUCAAGAUUGGACACUAUGGGCCCGUUUCCCAGACUAAAAAACAUGCUCAAUAGAGAAUCUCUGUUGAAAGUGCUUUUUAGUCGAGAAGUAGGCUUAAUCUGUCCGGGCAACCAGCCCAAAACUCAAUUUCAAAUUAAUAGAUUAGUCACAUUUCUGUAACUGUGAUGUAUAAAUA